AUGGCCGCAAGAUCAGCAUUCGGGAAAGGCCCCAAAUUAGGGAGGAAACAAGUCUACUUACCAAACUUCGAGAUCACCCUCAUACGCAAUCCCAAGCUCCCACCUACGUUCGCAGCCUUUAUCGUUCCCUUAAAUUUCAACAAGCUCGACCUACGCGAUUACCUAUGGAACGGAUAUGGGGUGUCAGUACGGGGUGUGCGAUCGUUCAUUCAGAUGCAGAAAGUCCGACAGGAUAAACCGAAUGCGAAGAGGCCGGCCCCACGGAGAUGGUUUAGACCUAGGAGUAUCAAGAAGAUGAUGGUCGAGAUGGAUAAACCGUUUGCGUGGCCUCAAGAACCAGAGGAUUUCAGCCCUUGGGAUAAAGAGAGAUAUGAUGCUAUAAAACAGAUGCAAGAGGACAGCCGGGAGACGCAGAAGCUAGACUAUGUCACCAAGCCGACGGCGGAGCGAAAGUCAAUUGCUGAGCAAGCAAAGGAAUUAUUGGAGGGGGACGAAAAAUGGGGACCGACAGAUUGGGAAGACGUUGGAGAAGCUCAAGAGGUGGAAAAGGAGGUGAAGAUUCCUGAGGCUGUGAAAGAAUAG